AUGAACCGCCAAGGUGUCCAUCCAAAUGCUUUGCAUCACUUGUUGCUAGCCAACAAGAAACGAAGCAGUACGACUACUUGUGCUCAUAGCACAGCGUCCACGUCUAGAUCCUCCAACACUUACAGUAGUGGAAGUGCCACGUCAUCAAUACCGUUAUACGUGAACACGCAAGCUUUGGCUCUGGCUGAGCAGCAAUUACCGAAAGCCGAGAAACGAGUGUCGUUCAAGGAUCUCGACAUGAGCGCCCGCCUACCGGCCACUGUCCAACAACCAUUUUCCUCUUCUUUUCAACUGAGGACCGGCGGUGGACUGCAUGCACGCAAGUUGCAUCGUUGUGACACUGGAGACAUGAGCCUGUUAGAGAGGUACUUAUCUCGUGAAAACAUGCAUACUCCGUCACCCAUUCCUCAGGAGUAUCAACAAUCACACCAACAUUCCUAUUCUCCACGGCACGUGCAUUUUGCCCAAUCUCGACGUCCUUUCCAACGCGAUCAACGAGACGAAACUGCGAGUAUUCGAAAACGACUGAGCAGAAGUUGUGAUCAUCUGAGUGAUCACAAUUUCAGUCCGAGAUUGCCGCCAAUCAGGAGAAAACCAACGAAACAUGUACCGUCGACUUUAUCACUGGUCAUCCACGGUAUGCUAGAUGUUGGAUAUUUUGAUUCAUGUUGUUUACCAUGUAUUUGGUUUUUUAGAGUGCUUUGUUUCGAUAUUGCUAAUGCCUGA